UAUCUCCAAAUAUGUAUUUUUUCCCCACAUUUAUGAAGUUAUUUUGGCAGGAGGGGGCUUCCACCACAUUUGGUCAUGUUGCUGCCACAACAACAUAAAGAGGACAGCUCUUUUGCGCACGCGGAUCAACUUCACGUCUCCAUGGCAAAGCGAUGAGACGCGACUCUUUGCGCGCUCACGGGGAGGCGGAAUCUGGACCAUCAUAUUUUUGACGAAACACAAUCAAAUUUCAGUCAGUCGGUGCUUUCAGCGGAGCAGUCUGGUUCUGAUUCUGGUUCUGGUAUCAGUUUGAGCGCAGCCAUGGUUCUCCAGCGGACUCUCAGAGCAGAUUGUGGUAAAACCACCAGGGUCGUGUGUGUGGUCGGCUCGGAGCUCACUUUGAACUUAAACAGGAGUGCCCCCCCACACUCCAAGUUCUUCUCUGUGAAAUGCACUCCCAGUGUUCAUUACAGCGUCACCCCCCCGACCCAGGAGACGUCCCACCUCUCUCCUGUCCCUCUCAACGGGAACCCCGUCCUGCUCAUCAGCAUGAGCCGAGCCAGUGAACAUGAAAAUGAUAGCAAGCUGUCUGUUACAUACUACGAGGAAAGUGGAGCGGGUAUAGCGAAGGUUGUUGUGCACCUGACAGCUGUUGAGAUUUCUCUGGAUGUGGAUGCUGACAGAGAUGGCACAGUGGAGAAAAACAACCCUCAUAAGGGAUCCUGGAAAUGGGGUCCAAAUGGACACGGAGCCAUUGUUUUGGUCAACUGUGACUCCGAAAGAAGCUACUGGAAGGAACCAGACAACGAGGACGACCACAUCUCUAAAGUUUCUGAUCUGAAGGACAUGUCCCUGAUGGUUCUGCGGACCAGAGGUCCUGCUAAACUCCCAGAGGGCUACAAACUCACCAUGCACAUCUCUCAGGAAGAUGCCAAGACCGUUCGAGUUUUCCAGUCUAAAUCCGUUCACAAGGCAACAAAUUUCCUUCAGAGUCUGUUCAGUUCCUUCACAAAGGACUAUCCUCUGGUGCUGAGCCGUGAGGUCCUCUCACAGGAAGUGCCGUACCUUGGAGGUGAAGGCGAGCUGAACUUUUAUGUGGAGGGCCUCAGGUUUCCCGACAAGGACUUUGAUGGACUGGUCACCAUCAACCUCAGUCUGCUGGAGCCCAUCUGCGAUGGUAUUCCUGAGACGCCCAUAUUCACAGACAAAGUGGUGUUCCGCGUGGCUCCGUGGAUCAUGACACCCAACACCCUCCCGCCUGUAGAGGUGUUUGUCUGCAGUACAAAGGAUAAUUACGUCUUCUUGGAGGAAAUGGACAACCUAGUGGCAGAAAGUGGAUAUAAGCUCAACGUUUGCCACGAGUACAUGAACAGAGGAGACCGCUGGAUGCAGGAUGAAGUGGAGUUUGGUUACAUUGAUUCACCCCAUCAGUCGUUUCCCGUGGUUCUGGAUUCACCCAGAAACAGAGGGCUGGACGAUUUUCCAUAUGAAGUGUUACUGGGCCCGGACUUCGGUUAUGUGACCCGGGUGGCUAAGAGGAAAAACGUGAGCAGCCUGGACUCGUUUGGUAAUCUGGAGGUCAGCCCUCCGGUCACCGUGAAUGGAAAAGAAUACCCACUGGGCAGAAUCAUAAUUGGGGUCGCCUUCCCAACGACGACUAGAGGACGGAACAUGACCGAAGUGGUUCAGGAAUUUUUGUGGGCUCAGAAGGUUCAGAAGCCCAUCGCCUUAUUUUCUGACUGGCUCAGUGUCGGCCACGUGGACGAGUUCAUGACAUUUGUCCCUGCGCCCGACAGAAAGGGUUUCCGACUGCUGCUGGCUAGCCCAGAUGCAGCCUACAAACUAUUCAAAGGCUUACAGAACGACGGACACGGAGACGCCAAACUGUUUGAUGGUCUAAAGGAUGAGAAGCCAGUGACUGUUGAUGAGAUCCUUCACGAUGAAACUCUACGAAGUGAAAAUAACUACGUGCAGAGCUGCAUUGACUGGAACAGGGAUGUCCUGAAGAGAGAGCUGGGCCUGGACGAGGAUGAUAUUAUUGACCUGCCAAUCCUCUUCAAGUUGGAGAGGGAUGAGGAGGAUGGAGAGGAGAGGAGGGAUGAGGAGGAUGGAGAGGAGAGGAGGGAAGAAAGGGAGAGGCGGGAUGAGGAGGAUGGAGAGGAGAGGAGGGAAGAAAGGGAGAGGCGGGAUGAGGAGGAUGGAGAGGAAAGGAAGGAAGAAAGGGAGAGGCGGGAUGAGGAGGAUGGAGAGGAAAGGAAGGAAGAAAGGGAGGGGAGGGAUGAGGAAAGAAGGGAAGAGGAUGAGGGAAGGAAUGAGGAGAGAAGGGAUGAGCAAGAGGCCUGCAGAGCAGCAGCCUACUACCCUGAUAUGGUCAACAUGAUCGUCUUGGGGAAGAACCUUGGCAUCCCGAAGCCGUUUGGUCCCAGGGUGAACGGACGCUGCGCCCUGGAGGCUGAGAUGUGCUCCCUGAUGGAGGCCCUGGGUCUCAAGUGCACGUUCAUCGAUGACUUUGCCUCCUACCACAAAAUGAUGGGGGAGGUGCACUGUGGCUCCAACGUUCGGCGUAAACCGUUUGACUUCAAGUGGUGGAACGUGGAGUUCUGAUUAAACAUGGCUGAAACUAAAGCUCAAAGGUGUAAUCGUGAGGAUUGUUACUUGUUGCUUUGAUCACACACGGCACAGUUUCAGAUUUAAUCCAAUUACUUAAAAAUGAAAGAAAAGAAACAGAUUUUUUCCCACAAGGUUUGAUUUCAUUAUAUCCAUAUUUCACUUUAUUAAUUAUUUUUGCUGGCUUCAUUUACAAAAUGAUGAAAAGUGAUAUUGACAAACAAGUCGUGUGAACAAAAGUCUUAGCAAGAACAGAAAUACAAUCGUUGGAACUGAGCACACAUGUCCUCCCAGUGUGGCGCGCUAACACACACACACACACACACACACACACACACACACACACACACACACACACACACACACACACACACACACACACACACACACACACACCACAUAACAAUGUGCAGUGAUGGUACAGAGCCACAAGGGGGCAGACGAUUAUAACAUUUCACCCAGUUUUAGUACUUCAUUCUCUUCUAACAUCCCUUUAACCCCCAGAGACCCAAAUUUAGAAAACAACUGCAAAACCUUUUUUUAACCUUUCACAUGUUGUUCUACGAGGCCAAAUAAACGGGCCUAUUUACACAUUUUAACAGCCAAUAGUGUUGCAGAACUGAACAAUAGGACCUAUUAGCAAUGUAAAUGUGGUUUUAAAAAGAAAAAAAAUGGGGAAGGUUAAUUGUUGUAGACUUAAAUCUGAUGUUGUAAUAUUACAACCGUGGGUCUCUGGGGGAGGACUCCAAUGGUACUCUCCGGAUUUCAUUUUGUCAAAUGAAGUUAUUUGUUACAAAAAAUAAUGUCCACAGCAGGCAGUUUUACAUUUGGCCCAGUGUCUUUUUAUAACCAUCACUAUGUAAACCCUGUCACCUACUGCUUGCACAAUAAAUAUCUGCUUGAUUCAGAA